CGAUAGAGAUAAAAUCCUGAAGAAAAUCAAACUGGGCGCAAUCGGAGCAGGAACGUCGAAUGGACUUUCUGCGAGCCUGGCUCAUGCUAGCAAGGUUGGUGUUUGUAUUUGCGUUUCAACAAGACAACAAAUCUUGAAUGAGUACAUGUGUGCUUUGUAUGAAGGCGGAAUGAAGAAAGUAAAUGGCUGUCUCACAUUGUUUGCGGACUUUUUCAUUUGGACGCACUCUGGCAUGUUAGGAAAAUUAUUUGCCACUGGACUCGGCGUUUAUGAUUGCUAAAGGAGCGUCUUCUUGGAUUGAUCUCUCUCGAUACGAAACAAAAUCUAACUCCUAUGCAUCGUUUCUAACUUUCAGUUGGGCCAUGAUAGCGGAUAUUGACAUUGAAUCAGAACUUAUUCGCUGGGCAGGUUUUCUUCGAAUGGAUAUUUGGGGGGUAGUGAGGGUGCUAUUUUUGCGAAAAUAUCGCGCAAAGUUUUCUUACCUCCCGCCUUCCGAAGGAAAGAAGACAAUAACCAUGCCGCCAUUGGGUGAUCCGCUCUCAAACUCUGAAGGAUGGAUAACAUUCGAAGAUGAAUUCAUCUUGUUUUGGGCAUCACAAGUUACGCAUGCAGGAGAGCAUAUGUUUCACGCCCCUCCAUGCAAGGUUAACGACGGGGUUUUUCAUAUUAUGAUUGUGCGGUAAGUUUUAUCGGAUUUGGAGCACACUGUUAGUGAGGUGGAUGAAAUACUAACGCAACUUCAUAUUGCUUCACCCAUCAAUCUGUAGCGGAAACGUAUCGAGGCUUCGACUAGCCUUGAUUCUUUUGUCGAUGGAACAUGGUGCGCACUUUGGCAUGAGUGGGGUGGAAUUUAUAGAAUGUUCUGCCUUUCGUCUAGAACCUUUAACUGAAGGAUCAUUCAACGACCUUGAUGGUGAGGUUAUUGAGUCUGGUGAUAUUCAAGCAGCUGUUUUACCAUCGUCAAUUCAAGCUUAUUGUAUGCCACAGUACACUUGUUGACACCUCAUUUUUUAGUUGGUGUCCACAAUCCAUGGAGGGAAAAAUCCAUUUGUGACAUAUCAAAAACCAUAGUUUGKAUUUUGCAAUUUUGAGUUGUACUUCUCCAGUACAAAACUGGAUAUUAGUUUUUCUUUCCAUGUGGGCUUUGCUUGUCUAAUAUUUCAAAUAAAUUUAUAGCAGUACC